AUGGGAGCUUCAGAUAUUGCCUCGCGCCUUCGAGCCAAGUUUACAAAACGAAGGCACUCGACAACAGGCUCGCAAGCUUCUUCAAAUCAUAGCGCCACAGAUACCGCGUCGUCGCUCGGAAGCCGUCACUUAUGGGACCAUGAUCGUGAUCGAACUCGCCAGAAUGGGGAUGGGGAUCGGUCGUCUCGGCGUGCCGUAAGUAAUUCGAGGGGCACCGUCAGUAGCCGACGUGGUAUGAUCGCGACGCCCGAUAGCUCGCAUCGACAACGAGAAGAUAGCGAUGAUUUUGCAAAAAUCAACUUUUCUCGCGGAGUUUCAGAAGCAACAAACUCAAAUUCGAGUUCAGACUCGCCCGCAAAGACGUCCUCGGAAAUAAACGCUGAUGAUGCAGCGGUCCCAUCCGCUAACAACCAUCCCACAGUGGGCGACGCAGCACUGAAACAGCCGGCUCCGCCUAUAGACCAACAGGGCCUCGGCGAAGAACCUGCUACAACCGCCACUAGCUCUAGCGACCAACCUCCGCUCGGCAGCGAUCUGCAUCCACCACAACUUCGACUUCAAACUCAUCCACCACCGUUGAUCUCUCCUUCACUCUACCCAUCCGAACAGCCGUCUCCAUCGCGACAGCGCCAGGCAAGCUCACAUCUCGACCGUAUUCACGAACACGCGCACGACACAGCACCAAAAUCGACUACUGCGCGCCCCAAAGCGGUUGCGAGUCUAGAUUUGGACGCAGCUCCUGAGCUUGCUGGACACAAUGACGACGACUCGUUGAGUCCAGAUCAAGCUCCUAACUCUCCCAAAUCUGCCGCUUUUGCGCCUUUGGCUGCGGCAACUUCGACGAUAUUCGUCGCUCCAUCUCCUGGCCUUCCACAGUCAGCAACUCUCUCAAUCCCUGGGUCGCCAACACCUCGACCAGGUCUGCCGCCCAGACGACAGAGCUUAUUGUCAAACCGUCAAACGUCCUUAAUCAACACACUCCUUUCGAACCCGACCACAAACGAGCCUGGAUACACUAAUUCCAGUACCUACGCGCCCAUCAACGCCAACAUGGUGAACCGUAAGAUCUGGGUCAAACGACCUCAUGCCUCACCAACUCUGGUUACAGUCAACGAAGAUGAUCUCGUCGACGAUGUUCGCGAUAUGAUUCUCCGCAAAUAUUCAAACUCGCUUGGUCGAAGCUUCGAUUCUCCCGAUAUUAAUAUCCGCAUUGUUCCUCGAGAUCAACAUCAAGAACGUAUCCUGAACCCCGAGGAGCCUAUGGGACGAACCCUUGACGCUUAUUAUCCAGGUGGCCAAACCGUUGAAGAAGCCUUGGUGAUCGAUAUACCGCGCCGUGCGCCCAAAGCUUCCCCCCGUCCCGCCGUGCCAGCGUAUGUCGGCAACGUCUAUUAUAACGAGGACGGUCGGCCUACCGAAACAAGCGAUGGCUACUUUCCUCCUUCAGUUGGUCCUCACGGUGGUGCUGUCGGCUCACCUCAUCUUCCAGUGGUAGUCCCGGCGCAUAUUAAUCCCCAAACUGCGCACUCGAUUGCCGUUUUAGGGACUGGCCAUAUUCCUCCUAUCCCGUCCCCGGGUAGAUCACGCGCCUACAGAGAUCGCCCGGACCGUCCAAGAUUGGGCCGAACUCACACAUCGUCCCCUACGCUGUUAGCCAACGGAUCAUCUGUGUCAUUAGCCGCUGCCGCCGCCGCGAAUCAUGCGAACCACGGUACGCAACACUUCAACCCGAGGCUACCACAUUCACGGACUCAUUCAAACUCUUCAGAUGCUCCUGGUAUGCCGCCUACUGCCCCUCCAUUACCGACGCCGCCCGCCCCGGAGCCUUCUGCAGUACGCAUCGCAACGCCUCCGGUCAGACCAGCCUCACCUCGACCCACGGUGAAAAGCAAGAAAAGCAAAAAGGCUGAACAUCCCAACCUACCACCGGGCAUGCUCAACGGCGGUGUACCUCCUAUCAACGUUCUGAUCGUUGAAGACAACCCAAUCAACCUGAAGCUCUUGGAGGCUUUCGUCAAGCGCCUCAAAGUGCGAUGGUCAACUGCCAUGAACGGCCGUGAUGCUGUCAAGAAGUGGAGAACUGGAGGCUUCCACUUGGUGCUGAUGGAUAUUCAGCUUCCAGUCAUGAACGGUCUUGAGGCGACCCGUGAGAUCCGAAGAUUAGAGCGGGUCAACUCCAUUGGUGUCUUUUCAUCUUCUCCAGAAGGUGAAAUAACAACAGAAAAUCCAGAUGAGAUCGACGAUAAAGAUCGUCUUGAGAACGCCGAUCUAUUCAAGAGCCCUGUCAUCAUUGUUGCUUUGACUGCUAGCUCAUUGCAAAGCGACCGUCACGAAGCCCUGGCCGCCGGUUGCAAUGAUUUCUUGACCAAGCCGGUGAACUUCGUCUGGUUGGAGCGCAAGGUCAUGGAAUGGGGCUGCAUGCAAGCUCUCAUCGACUUUGAUGGUUGGCGUAAGUGGAAGGAGAUUUCACAGGAGGCUGAGGAGAAUGAGGCGGCCAAGAAAGCUGCAGUUGCAGCAGCCAAGGCCAAGUCGAAGAAAAACCGUCUCUCGAUGACCAAGCCUGGUUAA